UUAAAUAUAUAUCAGGCUGAAAUUAUAGAUGCUAUUAACCCGCGAAAUGUCAGAAAAAUUAAAAAAAGUGAUUUUUAAGAUUGAUUCUGUUGAGGGCAUAUUUAAGGUAUAAAAUAAGGGUUAGGCUCUACAAUUACAAUUUUAAAUCAUUGAGCUUUAUGUCAUUAAUUUCUUACGUCUGCAGCCAUUGCUACAUUUAUAAAAAUGUUUGUGUUUUAGAUAUUACAUACUAAAAUGCUUGCUACAAAGGAUCCACAUCGACGCUUGUUGCAACUAUCAGUAGCUAGUGUUUGUAAAGACAGUGGCUUUCAAGGUGUUACGAAAGAAACUCUUGAAACUUUAACCGAACUUCUACAAGCACAUUUAACAGAACUAACUCGAUCAUGUCGGAAAUUUGCAGAACAUGGUCACCGGACAACGCCUGAUUUAACGGAUGUUAAAAUGGCGCUUGCGGAGGUUGGGUCGAGCGCACAUGCAGUGCACGUGUAUUCAAACCGAGUGCGCAGUCAACCACCAAAAAACAUCAGUUCUGUCAAACCACCAGUUGAACAUAAAACUUUAAAAACUAGUUUAUCAAAAGUGAACCAGCCUUCAUAUAUUCCCAGUCAUUUUCCUGAAUAUCCCGAAGUGCAUACGUUUGUGCGGACGCCAGCUGUACGUGAGCCGAUAAAUCAAUAUGAAACUGUACGUGAACGGGUAGCCGUACAGCGAGAAAACACGGAAGAAUCGCUAGUCAAUUUCUUAGCCCGUACAAACCCGACAGAGACUUGCAUAUUUGAUAAUAUUGACACUGAAUGCUUUCCCCAGGCUAGUGUAUCUGACUCUCCUUGUCCGUACCUGAAGGGACUUUCAGAAAAUGAAAACGAUGAAGAUAAAGAUCACGAGCACAACGAUGGAGAGACAUUGGAAGGAAGUCAGUCUCAAAACACUUCACAGGACUCAAAUAACUCGAAUUCUGAAAACCAAUAUUUACGUGAGCCGAAGAGAUUAAAAAUAAAAAAAUAAUUAUUUUUGUAGGCAAAUUUUUUAAUUUUCGGAAAAAAAGCUAUGUAAAUUUACGAGAUAUUCAAGUAUUAAUUUAUGCUUACUAUCUUAUUACAUCAUCAAUGACGAUGUUAUAAGGUCA